GAAUCCGGUUAAAUUUAAAAACAGGCGGCAGCAGGCUCGCAUCACGGAAACUAACGAGAAGAUAAAAGGAUGACUGCGGACAACGAAACAGACAUGAAGGAGGCGUUUCAACGCGCGCAGAAAGGCCACAACAACAAGGCGAAGCUGGUGGCAAGUUUGAAGAGCCGCUACAACAAGCUCGAGGACAAGACGCCGUUCCACGAGGAGUUUGUCCACUACCUGAAGUACGCCAUGAUCGUCUACAAACGUGAGCCGGUUGUUGAAAACGUGAUUGAGUUUGUUGCAAAGUUCGCAGCAAGUUUCCAGACCGCACCUAAAACGGAGGAGGAGGAGGAGGAAGAGGAGGACGACGAAGAUGAUGAUCAUCCAUUUCUGAGUUUCAUCUUCAGCUUUCUGUUGGAGUCUCAUAAAGCUAACAGUCACGCAGUGCGUUUCCGAGCGUGUCAGUUGGUCAACAAGCUGCUGGGCAGUAUGGCAGAGAACGCGCAGAUUGAUGACGACCUCUUUGAUCGGAUCCACCAAGCCAUGUUGGUUCGGGUCACAGACAAGUUCCCCAACGUGAGGAUUCAGGCGGCUCUAGCCAUGGCUCGCCUGCAGCAGCCGAAGGAUCCUGACUGUCCCACCAUCAGUGCGUAUAUGCUAAUUCUGGAAAACGACUCCAACGCCGAGGUACGACGUGCCGUUUUGUCCUGCAUUGCCAUGUCCCCCCAGACCCUUCCUAAAGUGAUCAAACGCACUCGGGAUGUUAAAGAAAACGUCCGCAAGCUAGCCUACCAGGUUCUUGCUGACAAGGUUCAUAUUAAAGCUCUGACCAUCGCUCAGAGGGUUGGUCUGCUGCAGCAGGGCUUCCACGACACCUCCGAAGCGGUCAGAGAAGUGGUGAGCGGUCGUCUGCUGCCGGCCUGGCUGCAGCAGCUGAGCGGUGACGUCAUCGAGCUGCUCCAUCGCCUGGACGUGGAGAACUGUGCAGAAACGGCCAUGGAGACCCUGAAGGCCAUGUUUAAAAGCAUGGCCGCUGAGGAGCUGCUGCAGAACAGGGAGCAGCUCGACAACAGGAACGUGAUUCCAGUGGACUGUCUGACUUGUGAAAACGUGAUUUACUGGAGAGCUUUGUGCGAGUUCAUCAAGGGGAAAGGAGACGACGGGGAUGAAAUGCUUGAUCAAGUCUUACCGGAUGCUUCUACCUACUCUGACUACCUGAGUGGCUACCUGAAGAUGAUACCUGUGCUGUCUGAGGAGCAGAGGGCUGAUUUUAAUCAGCUGGAGCUGGUUAUGACCAAAGAGUUCAUCGCGCAGCAGCUCAUCCACCUCAUCGGUUGUCUCGACACCAACGAGGAGGGAGGCAGGAAGCGUGUGCUGGCUGUUCUGCAGGAGGUGCUGGCUCUGCCUCAGACGCCCUCCUCCCUGAUCUCCCUGCUCACUGAGAAGCUCCUCGCCAUCAUCCCCGACGAACAAAGACACAUCCAAAGUGUGGCAGAGAUCAUUUCAGAUGUGAGGGAGCCCAUCAUGGAGGUCCGUCAGGUGGUAGACGAGAACCAGAGCCGCCGACAGCAGGUCCAGCUUGCAGAGGUGAAGGUGCGUGUCCUGGAGGCUAAACAAGCUCUAGAGGACUGCAUCACUGCCCAAGAGUUCAGCCGAGCAGCAGAACUCAAAGACUCCAUCACAAACCUCGAGAACCAAAGGAACCAAAUCCUCCAGGAAAGCUCAGAGAGCAGUGAGCCGGCUGACAAGGAGGUCCGAAUAGAGAAGAAUGACCCAGAGACUCUUCUGAGGUGUCUGACGAUGUGUGCUGAGCUGCUGAAGCAGAUGAACAUCAAGAGACCAGUUGAUCCGAUCAUAAGUGCCUUAAUGUCCUCACUGAUUCUGCCCAGCAUAGCGAGCGCUCACCCUGCUGUCCGCAACAUGGCUAUGGUGUGUUUGGGAACGUGCACGCUGCACAGUAAGGAGCUGGCCAAGACCCACAUGGUUCUGCUGCUUCAAAUCGCCCAGCUGGAUGAGGUGAAGAUCCGCAUCAGCGCUCUGCGAGCCAUCAUCGACCUGCUGCUGCUGUUCGGCUUCCAGCUGCUCUCGGAGACGUCUUCCGCUCAGGCGGCCCAGCCCGACGAGCAGGACGACAACGCAGCGUCGGCGGAGGAGGAGAAGGAGGACACAGCACAGAGUACACUCCUGAUGCUCUCAGAGUUCCUGGACAGUGAGGUGUCGGACCUGAGGACGGAGGCCGCACAGGGCCUGGCCAAACUCAUGUACACGGGCCGCAUCUCCAGCGCCAAGCUGUUGUCCCGCCUGGUGCUGCUGUGGUACAAUCCGGUCACAGAGGACGACACGCAACUGCGGCACUGCCUCGGCGUCUUCUUCCAGCUCUAUGCCCGCGAGAGCAGAGCUCAUCAGGAGGUUGUGGAGGAGAGUUUCCUGCCCACAGUUCGGACUCUGCUGAACGCUCCUGCCACCUCCCCGCUGGCUGAGGUGGACGUUAACAAUGUUGUCGAGCUGUUUGUCGAACUCACCCGGCCCAGUGCACUUUUCAAACCUCCGACCAGCACAGAGGAGGUGUGUGUUCAUGACUACCUGGCAGUGCGCAUGCUUGGAGAGAUGCUCAAAGACCCCACAGCCCCGGAAGUCCGUCUUUACACCAAGACUCUCAACAACCUGGAGCUCAGCAGGGAUGAGAGAGUCAGGGAGGACCUGCAGACACUGCUGCAGCAGCUGGUCCAGGUGGUAAAAGAUCGUGUUUGUCUUCGUGCUCUGGAGAAGAUGUUGCAUCAGCUGAUGGACUCAAAGGAGCAGGAGGAGGUCUUCAGUAAGAGCACUCUACAGCCGUCAGACGUCAUCGCAGAUGAGGCUGCAGCAGACGGACCGCCUAAACCUGUCAAAACAGCUAAAAGAGGUCAGAGGAAGGGCUCCACGGCCAGGGGAGGCCGAAAACCCAGCAGGAGGGCAGAGUCAUCGGAGGAGAGCGAUGGAGAAAACGUCCCAGAGUCUGUUCCUGUGGUGCGUCCGUCACGGAGGGCCAAGACUGCAGCGCUGGAGAAAACCAAACUGGAUCUGAACCCCCUCAUCAACCAGGAGGCCAACGUGUCGUAA